GGACAAGCCGAGGGGCAGCUGACGGGGAGCGGCCAUGUCGCGCCCCGCCCCGGCGCAUGCGCGGCGCCACCCCGGGAAGAUGGCGGAGGCCGAGGAGCCGAGGCGGCGGAUCCCGCUGGUGCCGGAGAACUUGCUGAAGAAGAGGAAGGCGUACCUGGCCAUCAAGGCCACCCAGGCCAAGCAGGCGCUGCUCAACAAGCGCAAGCAGCAGAAGGGGAAACAAAUCCAGUUCAGACGCCUUGAGACUUUCGUUCGGGAUUCGUGGCGCAAACGCCGCGAUGACAGCCGGCUGAGGCGCAUGGAGCAGAGACCUGGGCAGGCGGCGGCACCUCGGGAGCACAAACUGGCCUUCGUUGUGCGGAUCGUGGAUAUUAAGGGAGUGACCAGGAGGGUAAAAAGAGUGAUGGAGUUGCUGCGGCUGAGAAAGAAUUUCACCGGGAUAUUUGUUAAACUGACCCCGUUAACCCUGAAGUUGCUGCGGGUCGUGGACCCUUACGUGGCGUGGGGACACCCAAACCUGAAAUCUGUACGAGAGCUCAUCCUGAAACGGGGCCAGGCCAAGAUCAAUAAGAAGAGGAUGCCUCUGACAGACAAUAUGCUGAUAGAGGAACAUUUAGGGGGCUGUGGUAUUAUUUGCCUGGAAGACCUUAUUCAUGAAAUCUACUCAACUGGGAGGUAUUUCAGUAAAGUCACAAAGUUUCUGUGGCCAUUCCACCUGUCAGUGGCUCGCCACGCGUCACGUAACAGAGUGGGUUUCCUCAAGGAAAUGGGAAAGCCUGGCUACAGAGGGGAAGCCAUCAACCAGCUCAUACGUCAGCUCAACUAGUCAGGGUCUUUGUGAAAACUUUGGGAUUUAUAACCUGUUCCUUUUCACAUGUACCUCUAAUGGACAUUAUCUGUAUGCAAGGAUCUCUCUUGACUGUUGGUGCCUCUAUAAAAAGAAGAAACACAGAGAUGAUGAUGGAGAUGGACUUUGGGCUGGUCCUUCUUACAAGAAGAUAUAUACUAUUGGAUACAAGAAUGAGCUUCCUUGAGAAAUUUGACUUUCGCGUCUCUGUUAAACAAGGUUUUUUAUGCUCACUACUGCAGACUUCACUCCUUGAAGUGCACCUGCUUCUGGGUGUGAAGGGGUAGUGCAGUCACCUGUUUAAGAGUAGGCAGCACAGGCAGAAGAAAACAUCAGGUUUCUCUGUUACUGCAGUGCCAGCCCUUAUAGUGAAUAAUGUAAUUUUUUAAUUACCUAGAUUGUAUUUAUUUGAAAAAAAGAAAAGACAUGGUUUUGUGCUACCGAUUUUACAGAAUCACUUUUCACUUCUGCUAGAUUGGGACUGCUGGAGAGAAUUAUUUCCUGGUAGGAAAGCCCAGAAGGUUUGUAAUACAGUGGUGGGGUACACGUAGUCAAUGUUUUUUAAAGAAACUUCUGGAAUUACAUUAUUAUAACAGAAA